AUGGCAAGCACCGAUUCACUCACCACGGAUCUUGUGAACACUAGAACGUUGCUGGAAUCAACGGACUCGAAUACUGCAUCAACAUACUCGAACCUGCCCGUGUCCCUGCCCCUAGAUCACGACAAACACUUGACUCUGCAUCCAUCCAAGUUGGACCUCAUAGACCACACAACGCUUACCUCACUACCGCUUCCUCCGCCUCCAGCCCGUUCCAGACUCAAAAGAGGCCACCUGGCACCCUUGUGUCAGACUACAUCUAAAAAGCUCUCGAGAGACCCCAGCGGUUCGCUUGACGAGACCUUACUUGAAGAACCAGACAUUGCUGACGUGACAAUAACAUCUGAGUACGUGGACGAGACUUUUGAAGAAUCUGAGGACCUUAUUGUCUUGGUCGAAGACUAUAUGGCUUCUCACGACGUGGGCAGGCAGUUGGAUAGGAAGAAAUCGCUCCUCUCGUUUAAGAAGCGUCUACACGGUGACCGCGGUUCCGUAAAUUCCGACCAGUCCCCCAGCAAAAGACUCGAAUUGACCGAAGCAAGAGAUCACGAGAAUUUGGAAGCUAUCUUUGGAAGAAUUCCCGGAACCGACCGUCUCAAACACUGCUGUCUAUGUGACCGACCCCUUUACGAAAUAAGCUCCAUCCUCGGCAACAGUGAAUCCGUACGCAAAGGAAACUGCAAAUCAAGUCAGCUUUGUGACGAGUUUGUCUGCUGGGACUGCGUCGACGUCUACGAACUGUUCUUGAGCGAACUUGGCGAGAUGGAAGCACAUGACGAGCAGGCCAAAGUUGAAUCCACAAAGCGCCUCUUGGACAUCUUCACCAGCAUCAAAGACAAUUAUCAACCUCCCCCUACUGACAGUUCAAAGAUCUUCUCCACUGGUCUAAUAGAACAGCUUCAUCACUUGAGUGAUGUUGCAACGCUGGAAGAGAAGGAGCCAGACUGGCUCGUAGCGCUCAAACACAAGCUAAGGUGGAGAUGGCGUAUAAAUGGGCUUUUACCAAACCCAUUUAGCCAGAGUCUGGUAAAGCUGACCUAA